ACUCUUGUGCAUAUCACGAACUCUACAGCAGGUCUCAUACAAUGGUGGACCAUAACGUUGUGAACAAGCGGCUGCCGAGAAUGGCGGCCUCUCUGCUGAAGCGUUUUCCCUCAGAGGGCGAGCCCGGUAUGGGUUUGCACCACCGGAUCAGCAGCAGUGGUGGGGCCAUGGGGCGAGAUUUCGACUGUGAUGUCGAUGACCCUCUGGGCUUCGACAAAACCCUAUGUAUUGAUGGUGGUGGUUCCAGGACCCCAAACCUGCUGGGGCCGUUGCUGACAGAAGACUGCAUGCCUGUCCAGAGGUCAUCUUCCCCCAGGCUCCCUCUGCAGGGCCACAGGUUGAUGCCAGCUGACCUGGAGGAUUUUAGCGAUGACUGUGAGGGGUACUCCCUCCCAGGCACACCGCCCCGGUCCGAGGGGGACAUCAGCUUCCUCAAACAAGGGGUCCUGGACCAGUUGGACAACCUGGAGAGCAGCCCCAAGAGAGGCAAGCGGAUUGGAGUGGGUUACACAGACUGGCAUAAACAUCGAAUGGCAGCAGUGUGCAGCGAGAGGUUUGAGCGCCUCCUGAGGGAGUGUCCAGAGUUCCAUAGCUGCAAAAGCCACCUGGCUGCCUUUGUCCUAGAGAGAGAGGUGAUUGACACCGGGGGGCAGUCCUGUGAGCGCUAUGAGGUGGUGGCAUUGGGCACAGGCCAGUCAAGCUAUAGCGGCUGGCUUUGCUUCAGUGGCACCGUGGUGCAUGACUGUCAUGCCAUCGUCAUCGCCAGACGGGCUCUCCAAAGGUAUUUGUUCAAGCAGCUGCUGCUGUUCUUCAGCCACGACCCCAAGCACAAGGAACGCUCCAUCUACCAGAGCACUUCCGACAGCCACCUGCUCCAGCUCAAACCCCAGAUUUACCUGCACCUCUACACCAACCAGACCCCGAAAGGCGCCGCUCAGUGCAUCCUCAUGAAGUCUCUGAGCAGCAGCUACUCCUCUCUGAAGCUGCAGUGCCACGCCAAGGGCUCCCUGAUUCCUGUGGCCUUCCUCCACCCCAGUGUGUGGGGCGCCCGCGUCUGCUGCAUGUCCGACAGCGACAAGCUGUGCCGCUGGACUGUCACUGGGAUUCAGGGCGCGCUGCUUAGCCACUUCGUCCAACCACUGUACAUCACCAGUGUGGUGCUGGGUGACUCCAGCCAGUACUCGGAGAAGGUGUCGGAGACAAUCAACAAGCGCCUGGGCGAGGGGGGCUGGGAGGAGCUGCUGGCCCCGCCAUUCAGCAGGAAGCGGAUUUUCUUCCUCAGCAGUGAGGGGGUGGGGCCUCCACUCAGCCCUGCCCACUGCACAGAUCUCAGCAUCAACUGGUGCCUCGGGGACGCCAGCAUCGAGGUCCUAGACAGCACCAAUGGCUUCACUGUGGACGGUUCCCCGUUUGUGAGUGGCUCUGGCUUCUCCAGCAGGCUGUGCAAGAGGGCCCUCUACAGUAACUUCCGCAAAAUUGCAACUCUGGGAGGAUACCGCUGCCUACAGGUUCUCCCCACGUACCACAGUGCCAAAGUGGAGGCUCACUCCUACCAGAAUGCCAAGACCGUGGUCAACCAGCAGUUCCUGUCCAACAACGCAGGUCCAUGGAACUCUAAACACCUGGUGGACAGCUUCAGUCCCUGAGCCCCUCAGAGUGGAGGGUGGCACGGGGGUCCAUUAGUAAGGGUUUCUUUUGAAGGACAGAAGUGGUUGGAGUCUGUUACUUUCUGCAUUAAAGGUAUUCCCCCUGAGUUUUCCUAUGUUCAAAUAAGCAGUAUUGCGCGCUCUGUGUGCCAAGUUUGACAGGUAUGU